AGCAUGUUCUUAAAGAGCAAGUAAGCGGACGGGCAGGCACGUUCUCCUCCCACCAUCUGUGCUUUCUCCUCAUGCUUACGGACCAUUUGUUAGAGACCACGUCAGCACGUCAGCCUGUGAUUUCAGACCCGACCCCGGGGGCUGAAGUGACUGAGGGCAGGUGCCUUGCGUGGGGGAGCUGGUGAGAAGAGAUGGGGUGCUGCAGCAUAAGCGCCCGGCGAGCUGCGUCGGCGGGGACGUGCCAGGAUGAGAUGGAGCUGCUGGAAAUAGGUGGUAGCAGAAAAUGGUCCAUUUCAGAAGCUCAGAGUGAAGGCUCCCUCCAUCUCAGGGACCCCGUGACCGCGACAGAGACUGCGACAGAGACAGGAGGUAACGUGAGGCUAGCUGAAGAGGAAGAUUUCCAGGGGAGGAUCAGCGAGCUGAACCCACAGGACACUUCCCAUCAAGCUAAUAAAGAGACGUUGUUUUUGCUUCCAGGCAGAAGUGCUGUGGGGGAGAACACGGGAGGAACUAAGGAACGUCCUGUUCACACAGCCCAUCACUGGCUGGGAAGGGAGGACCAUCCACUCCCUUGGGGAAAUAGUAUGGUCCUCACUGGUUCUUAUGCGCAGCUGUCACAUGGAGGAGAUGUCCGAACGGUACAUUGUGCUGUUCCCCUUCCAGCUGUUGAUUCUGUCAGUGGAUCACAUGAAGAAGGCGUUUGUCUACCAGGGCCUGCUUCCGCUGGCGGGGAUGAGCGUGAGGAAUGUGCCGAGUGACACCGGCUGCAUGUUUGAAAUGACGGGGCCCAUGAUAGAAUCCAGGAUCAUCUCAUGCCUGAGUCCAGCUGAAUUCCACAUCUGGAUUCUCAGCAUCCAGCAGCACAUCAAGAUGGCAAAUGCUCACUGUCCAGCCCACCCCAGCAAUAUCAUUUCUUUCCUGGUUCCAUGUGAUGAGCAGUGGAAGAAACGGAAGCUGAUGAAGCAUCUGUUUUACACCACCAUUCUGAAGUGGGAAGGGAAACCCAUCCAGCACCUAGGACGGAUACACUACCUGGCCAUGGUGCAAGUGGCUUAUGCCAGCAUGGGGGACUUUAAAGAGAGGCUGCUGGUGCUGUUUCCAGAGGAUCUGGUUUUCCUCUCCGUAGACAGAGAGAGAACCGCCAUUGCCUAUGAGGGAAAACUCCCUCUAGCUGGGAUCCAAGCAAAGGAGAAAUCUGCUGUGCUGGGGCGGCUGGAAUUUGAAAUCACAGGAAGCCUGACGGAACCGAUCCUGGUCGCCUGCUCCACCGCUGAAGAUUAUGAAAAAUGCCUCUUCUACCUACAAAAGGUCCUCAUCAGAUAUGACCCCCAUACACCACCUUUGCUCUGUGGCUGUUGCGGCUUCUGCUUUUCCAACCUGGGACUUUCUCAACCUUACACACAACUGCUUAUCCUACUCCCCUCCCCAAUAAGGGUCCUCCAUGAUUCAAAACCAGUUAGCACUCAGGGUGACUAUUCAGCUUCCUUGGAACUCACCCUCCCACCUAAAGGGUUCAUCAUGGGGGACCACAAUACUUUUUCCUAAUCAGAAUGUGUGUGUGCAUCACAUGCAAUCAUCCUGGAGGUUUGAACACCCCGCCUCCACUGCAGAAAGCAUAAGCCGCUACAGCUUGACCUAAAGGGCAGAGACCACUAGCUAGUCACUGUUAGUAGAGUGAUAUGCUCUGUGGAUCAUGCAGAAAGGGAGACACAUGGCAUAUACUGAACAUUUGGUUGCGUCUGCACCAUACUUGGGGUUCACAAAAGGGUGAUGGUGAACUGGGCUGCAAGAUUUUAAAAGUAGAAAAGCUCUGAGCCCCUUGAGAACUUGGAUUGAGACAGGCUGCACCUUUUCUGAAUGCUUAAAAUCUUAAAAGCGCUUGAAAUCUUUCCAGCAGCAUUGCUGUAUUAGUGCAUUAAUCUGCUGACAUCAAUCUGUUCCAGCCUGAGCAAAUCCUUGACACUGUGACUGUCCAGCCACCACCAAUGGUGCCGAAGAAAUCACUGCAGCGUUAGAGCCAUGGAAAAGGCUAGCACCCAGUGACAGCGCUGACUAGAGGGGCCAAAUUGAUGGCUCAGGAUGCUGGAGGAAGGAGCCCCCCAUUGGCAAAACUAGAGAUGGCCCAGAAACAACUUGAAUCCAAACCCCUUCAGACUGAGAAGGUUGAAUUGUGAGGCCUCGAUCUGAACCUACCCUGUGGGGUACGGUCCCUGGCUGGACUCAUUCAUUCGUGCCCAGGUUAGCUGCUGUUCCCGAUGGCCUGUUGGAACCCCCUGGAUAUAAUCCCGGUUGAUCAGACUCCUUGGGGAGGAAUCCUUCCUGGUUUGAUCACUUUAUUUAUUGGCUGCUGCUUCUUGGAGAGAGAAAUAACCUAAAGUAGUGUGUAAAUAGGAUGGAUAAAAGUCCAAGCCUUGUGCAGAAAGGAGCCUUCCUGUUAUAGAGUUUAAGGCCAGACGGGACCGCCCAAUCAUCUAGGCUGACCUCCCGUAUAGCCCGGGCCCUACUGGGAGGCUGUCCCAGGACCUCACUCCUUGGAUGGUUAGAAACCCUCUUCUAAUUCCCAGCCUGGAUUGGUUUAGGGCCAGUUUAUCCCCAUUUGUUCUUAUGCUAACGUUGUCCUUUAGCUUAAAUAGCUCUUCUCCCUC